CGCCUCCCAGGCUGCAAGAGUGACGCCUCUGUCCGCAGGGUUGCGCCGCUCGCGGCACCAGAGAGGCAGUUUGGCACUGCAGAGAGGCAGUUUGGCACUGCACCAAUCGCACACAUGUCCGUUUUCCCCACGCGCAUACGCUGGCGGUCCGUCUGGGCCGCCGCGCGACGGAGAGCGGCGGCGGCGCGCUGCCUCCAGACGCGCCGCGCGACGGCACCGGCACGGACCUUCGCGACGACGCCGCCGCAGCACGGCCUCGACGACGUCGGCGCCGCGAGCCUCGACUGGCCGCGUUUAGGGUUUGACUUCCAGAAGACGAAUGGGUUUGUGAAGCACACGUGGGUCAACGGCAAGUGGGACGACGGCGAGUGGGAGCCCGAGCCCUUCCUCAAACUACAUGUGAUGAGCGCGGCGAUCCACUACGGCCAGGGCGUCUACGAAGGCGCGAAGGCCCACCACUGCAAAGACGGCUCCGUGCGGCUGUGGAACAUCCAGGCGAACGCCCAUCGGAUGUUGGAGGGUUGUGAAAGGAUGAUGAUGCCCGCCGUGCCGCCGGAGAUGUUUAUCCGGGCGUGCGAGUGGUGCGUCGCCGCGAAUCGGGCGUAUAUCCCGCCCUACGGCACGGGCGGGGCUUUGUACCUGCGGCCCUACAUUUUUGGGCAUGGGCCGCAGUUAGGCUUGUCGGCGGCGCCGCAAUUCCACUUUUGUGUCCUCGCGAUGCCCGUGUCCUCAUACUACGCGGGCGGCCUCCAGCCGAUUGAUGUGCUAGUCGCACACGACGCGGAUCGAGCCGCCCCGCAGGGCGUGGGCCACGUCAAGGCCUCGGGCAACUACGGCUCGGAUAUCCGCGUGUCCAUCGACGCGAGAGCGGAGGGCUACCCUACGGUGCUAUACCUCGACCCCAAAGAAAAACGAUAUAUCGAAGAGUUCAGCGUGUCGAACUUCAUCGGCAUCAAGGAUAACACGUACGUGACGCCCGACUCGCCUACCAUUCUUAGGAGUGCGACAAAUGACAUGCUCAUGGACCUCGCGGCGUCGGACGCGUUCGGCAUGAAGGUCGAGCGACGGCCGGUGGACGUGGCCGAACUAGGAGACUUCCGCGAGGUGGCCGGGUGUGGGACCGCGGUGGUGAUGAUGGGCGUGAAAAGCAUCACUAAUCAAAACACCGUGCACCGGUACGAGAGCAUAGAGCGCGUCGAGGCGCUCUACAACCACUACCGAGCGAUUCAAUUCGGCGAAAAGCCGGACCCCUUCGGCUGGGGGACGGUGUGCCCGCCGCUAGCCGACGUCGCCGCCGCGUGAGCAACGCGAGAGCGUCUCGAACGCUCUAUCGCUUCCCCUCUCUCUUGCGCAAAGCUCCUGUUAAUAUGAACAAACUAUAGAAGAGUC